UUUCAAGAUGGCUGCUGCUGUAUUGCAUGCUCUGCAAAUUGCUGCAUUGAGAAGGGAAAGGGUUUUCCGUGAUAGGCACCAUCCACUUGACAUUUAUGAUGACCAGCAAAUGUUCAAGCUAUACAGAUUUACAAGGCAGGGUUGUUUGCAUGUCAUUGAUCUGAUAAGUGAAAGGCUGGAACACAGAACGAGGAGGAAUCAUGCUCUUUCCCCAUCCCUGCAAGUUUUUUUAACUCUUCGCUACUACGCGACAGGAAGUGUCAUGGACGACACACGAUGCAUCCAUGGGGUACACCUGAGCACAGCAUCCCGAACCAUUCGGAGAGUUACCCAAGCCCUUUGCGAACUGAAAGAUGAGGUUAUCAAGUUCCCCGAAACUCUGGAGAAAGUGAGAGACACUCAAGUUUCUUUUUUUGAGGUUGCAAGAUUUCCAAAUAUUGUGGGAGCGAUCGAUGGUACUCAUGUUAAUCUCCAUGGAGCACCUCUAGGAGAAGACGAAUAUACCUACGUAAACAGGAAAGGGAGGCACUCAAUAAAUGUACAGUUAAUUUGCGAUACCAAAUACAAGAUAACGAAUGUUGUUGCCAGGUGGCCUGGAAGCACUCACGACAGCAGGAUUUUGAGGAACAGUGCAAUUGGACAGCGAUUCGCUAAUGGUGAACUUCAGGGAAUCUUGUUGGGAGAUUCAGGUUAUCGUUUGGAAAGGUGGCUCAUGACACCUGUGAGAGAUCCACACACAGAAGCUGAAAGGAGAUACAACAGAGCUCAUUGCCGAACCCGGGUAGUCAUCGAGAUGGUCAACGGCCAGUUAAAGAAUAAACUAAGAUGCCUCAUCGCGUCUGGCCUCCAACUAUCCCCUGAAAGAGCAUGCGAUGUAAUAGUUGCAUGUUGCGUUCUGCACAAUGUAAGCAAGGAUCUCAGGGAGCCAAAUUACCAUGAAGGAGGGGAAGAAGAUGUAGAAUUACCACCCAUUGACCAAGCUUAUGAUCCUGUAGGAGAAGGAGCAGCUACUAGGAGAGACAUUAUCGAUACUUAUUUCACCUAAAGUUCAUUUUUCUAUUAUGGAAUUGAGGUGUCACUAUUGCAUAUAUUCAUAUUUCAAAUUUUGUCAGUUUUUCACCACACAUGCCAAACAAUUUAUUCUUUGUUAGGACAAACUCCUUUUCUAAGGGAAAAUAAAAUACUUGGAUAAUGUUGACUUUUUGAGAAAUCUGAUAAGUUAAAUAAUUACAUGAAUGAAGGUUUUAAAAACAUUCCACAAAAGGUAGAAGCAUUUAAAUAUUGAAAACUCAGAUGUUAUUGAUAUUGGUAAUGUGAGCAAGCUCUGGACAUGAACAACUUUUCAUUUUCAUGAAAAAAAUGAAAAAUAAGUGAAACUUUAAAACGACAUAACUUCCCUAUAUUUACAUUGUCGUUAUGCUUAUUAGAUUUUGCUCUAUUGUUUCAAACCAACAUAUUUCUGGGGUGGAAUUGACCUGUAAUUUUUCUCUCUUUUCUCAAUCAUUUUCUUGUGUUCAGGUGAAUUUGUAGUAAAAAAAGAUUAGAAUACCAAUAUUUACCCUUUAUGCUGAGUGCAAUCUAUAUGAUCCUUUAUAAUCCAAUUUUCAAAGAUUUGGAAUAGCAUUUGAAAUAAACAUCCCAACCUACAAAAAUUUACAGAUCAAAGUUUGCAACAGUGAUGGAAAUUUAAAAUAAAAAUUCCAGCCAAUCUUGAGCCUCCCUCUAGAAACAAAUGCAAUUUAAAAAAAAGAAUUACAUUGUUGGCUGCAAUUAUUUUGACUUUACACUGACCAUUUUGCAGUAUAAUGAAUUAAGUAUUAUUGGCAUUAUACUGAACUUCAAAUAUUUUUGGGGAAUAUUUGAGAUUAAUUUUUUUAAUGCUUGGAACUUUCAUAUGCAAUAGAAAACACAAUUUGAUCAAAAAUGUCCUCAUGACUGGAUAAAUGAGGAGUCAUUUAAUUUGUCCCAAAAGUUCGAGAAAGGAAAAAUGGUAAUAAUGAAUAUAUUAAUUUCCCAUCAGGAACAGAAAUUGACUGAUCCAGCCAACAUGACUAAUUUUGCUUGUUUCCUCGGUUGUGUUGCCGAAAUGCUUAUUAGUGGUGUCAGUAUGGACUAUGGCAGGUCAUCAAUGAUCAGAUGCGAAGCACUUUUUUCUUCUAUCAAUAAAAAGUUCAUUCAUCUGAA